AUGGAAGUAGAUCAAUAUACUGGUAUAACCGCUGAAUGGUCAUAUCCCGGUGAAGGAUCCCGAUUGCCCCUUAUCGAUGAGUCUUCAGCACUUGGAACUCAGGCUCCAAAAGAUAGGUUGAUUGCAGUAUUGGAUCAAGUAGAGUUGCGAGUGGAGAGGUUACGGCGAGACACUGUACGCAUUGAAGAAGAGCGUGACUCCUUGCUAUCCACACUCGACAGCGUGAAGCACUCUGAUCUUUUGGGGGAUAUAACCGAAUGCGAUAAGGAGGACAUCACGCGGUACGCGGACCGCAUACUGGCGCGCGCGAUGACCGUGGAGGUCGCCGUGAGGACCGACCGGGAUCCCCAGCAGGAGGAGGCAUUGCACCAGGUGAACAUGUACAUCGACCAGCUAGUGAUGUCCGUGCACGACGACGCUGUGGUGGCGCACACCCGCUGCCAGACGUACAUGAACGCGUGCACCUCCCAGCCGGACCCCAGCACUGGCACCGACAAGAACUUCGAGAGCGCGAUCCUCGGCUGCACGCUGGACGACCAGAAGCGCGUGAAGAAACGCCUCCAGGGCCUGCUGGACUACUUCGCCAAGCUCAACGUGACCACGUGCACCACCGGUGGUCUUGGGUUCUUCGACCCAAGACCACCGGUGCUGGAGCCAAUAACUUCGCAACUGCGCUACCGAGCCAUCAAAGUUCGAGUU